ACUAAUCAAAAUUCUAUGUAGCAAACUAGCAAAACCUUGUGACGAAAUUUCGAUGUAAAUCACACCACGAUCGUUCCUCCAUUUUCAUGCUUGUUUGGUACUGAAAAAAUUAGGGCUUCUUGAGAAAGCUCAAAAUUCGAUAUAAUCAGGGUACCCAAAUACCCUUUAAAUGUAUUUUUACAGCAUAAAUUUAGUUCUAUUUUAGUAGGUUACUAGGAGCCAGGUAAAAAUGGAAGGCGAGCAGUUUUCUCUGUGUUGGAAUAAUUUUCACAGUAACCUCAGUUCAGGCUUCCAUUCACUUUUAAAGGAUGAGGAUCUGGUGGAUGUUACUUUAGCUGCGGAAGGGAAGUUUCUAAAGGCACAUAAAACUGUCUUGUCAGUGUGUAGCCCUUUUUUCAAAGAGCUGUUUAGAGUUAACCCGUGUAAACACCCAAUUGUUAUAUUGCCAGAUGUCAACUAUGGGGCACUGUGCAGUCUAUUACACUUUAUGUAUCAAGGAGAAGUCAGUGUUAGUCAGGAAGAGAUACCGACGUUUAUGAGGGUAGCAGAAACAUUAAAAGUUAAAGGAUUGACUGAUAAUAAUUCCUCACCAUCAGAUACAAAUGGAUUUACAAGUGGUAAUCGACCUUAUGGUUUCCCAGAUCAGAGGCAGAUUAUGAAAAGGCCAAGGCCUGUGAAGAAAAUUAUUCGACCGAUUCAACAUUUAAGACCAAUUGAAAGCCCGAAAUUAGUAAAGUCUCCACAACCUCAGCCCGUUCCUCAAACACCACCUGCUAAAAAACCACAUGUAGAAUCUGAAAUGCCCCCGACCCCACCUGCCGCACCGCAAAACAAACCCGAGUUUCAGGAACCCUUUGUAAAACCAAAGCAGGAACCCCUCGAUCCGGGGGACGACGAAAAUACGUCUCACUCCGGACCCGAGGAGCCCCAUAUGGAUAUUUCUCACAUGUUAGACACCACUUUGGGCGAACCAUCACCCUCACAACCAUUUCCGAAUUGGCCUACACCUGAUUUCCCCAAAUCACUGCCUCAGGAUACCUCUUCACCAGGUACCCUUCAGUGCAUCCUGGGACGAAGAGGUAACCCCAGACUGAUAGUAGACGGAUACGUAUUUUACAAAAAAAGUGUAUACAAAGGAAAGGCCUUCUGGUACUGCAAAAACAGCAGAACCCCGGAAAAAUGCCAAGCGGUCUGUUGGACGAUGAAUGGCAACAUCGUCAAGUGGCCCUACAUGCACUCGCAUCCGGUUAUUCCAGAUAUUUUUAAUCCCGAAGAAGACACUGAAGUUCCUAUAGAAAAUUUGCAAGAGGUCUUGUGGCAGACAUCUUUGAGUUAAGGUUUUUAAGUAGCGUUUAAGCUUUUUUCGGAAAUAUGGAUGUAUGUACAUACAUUUUUUUUUAACUGAAAUAACUGGAAAAGUGAUCAAAUAUUUCAAUUAGUGAAUAAUCAUUUCGUAAAAGAAAAAUCAACUUUUAAAAUGUGCCAUCUUCGAUUCGGUUGCUUUUUUUUGAUGAUCCACGUCUUGAAUUAUUUUUAAGGUAACAGUGAUUAUAUUUAGCUUAUCUCUAGCUUUUAUAACUAGUAAGUUAUUAAAUUUUGAGUUAUCAGUGACUGACAAAAGAAAUAAGAUCGACAGUUAACAGACAUGAAGCCAAGACAAGUCUAUACAGGGUGUAAAAAGUUAUACUGUCAUUACUUCCGCAUGAGAUAGAGUAAUCAUCAAUGAACAAAAAAGUUGUAUGAUACAAGGGUGUAAGAUUAACAGAUUUAUUUAGGGAGUAUUAAUAUUGGCGAGUUUUAUCACAACGUGAUAACAGCGCUUAACCUAAUGCUACACAGUUGAUGCAUACCACGUUGUGCACGUGGCAGACUCGUCCUACGGAAAAAAUGUAAACAACUAUUGUAAAACAUUUAGUAAUUUUCAAGACAAUCGUUUUCCAGAUUUUAAAUAAAUAAAAUAAAAUGUAUCGAUUUUGUUGUACGAAGAUAGUCUCGUGCUUAAAUUUUAGCUUGAAUUUUAGUAACUAUGAAUCUCUUUAGGUACUUGCCAAAAAGCAAAAUUCAGUAACUUUUUUAUAUAACAUAUGCUCAAAAUGUCCACCAUUUUCGAUGCACGUACAACAUCUUUGAAUCCAAUUUUCACACACUCACUGGAAAACGCCUCGGGAAAAGGAAAUAGUGGUAUGCAAAAAUCACUCCAACACGGUCGAAUCCAGAUACCAACUGAAUUGCGUAUUGGUGGUUGCUGGACAAAUUAGUACCUCAUGUUAACCGCUGCGCCUUUGUCACAUUGCUCCAUAUGAAUUUUAUCGAAUUUUAAAUUCAUUACAACGCUAAUUAUUUUUUAGAAUUAAGCAUAAAGAACUUCAAAAAAGUGAUAAACAUUGUAUUUUAUGGUAUUCUAUGCACACAAUUAUGUCAGUAUUCCUUAAUUUAUCGAACUUUUGUACAUCAUGUUGGAGAUUUUGAUAAUUUUUUGUCAGAAAUGGUCGAGUUUAGCACCCAUGUCAUGUACAGUUUUUUUGUUUAUUUUAACGUAUUCUAUCAUCUGCUAAUUAAGGCAGUCAAACUUUAACGCCCUGUAUAAACUUACUCGUAAUAGAUGCACUUUAAAUGAUAACUUAAUGAACUUUUUAAAUUUCAACUGUAAUUUGUUAAAACAGAGUCAGAAAAUUGCAUUCAGUCAUUCUCAUGAGUGUUUUUUAUUAGGAACAAUACAGGGUGUUCCAAUUGAAUAGGUCAUUAACAUAGUAAGAAACAAAUGAGGUCAAAUAUUUUAAUAAACAGAUUAGGAAUACUCAUAUUUGGGAAUUAUGAUAUCUUCAAAAUUUUUGUUUAAGAAAUUAUUUUAGCAUUUUUUUGUUUGAAAUCUAAUAAGUUGAUGAUGUGCAUCUUAGAUUAUAUUUGAUAUAAAAUAUUUGAAUUCCUUUUGUUUUUACUUAUUGUAAUGGUGUGUUUACUUAUAAAUUGACACACCCUGUAGAUAGACUUGAACAUAUGCCUAUUCAAAUGACCGAACUACAUUUUGUUAACUAUUUCGAUUCUUAUUUGGGUAAAAGACUUUAAUUUGGCGUGAUCCCAGAUUUUAUAUAUUAGUAUUUUUACAAAUUACUGAUGAAAAUUGACUUGUUAUUGGAAAUACUCAAAUUGGAUCUCGGAUUGAAAAUAAAUAUUAGUAUACGUAAUUCGAUUACAUUUUUAUAUACCUACACCUGCGAAUAUUAUAUUGCUUGAUUUAUUAUUUAAAGUUUGAAUAUCGUUUUGGAAUCUAGUGAUAUUUAGUUUAAAAAGUUUUUCUUUAUAGUAUGGCGACACUGAAAUGUUGUAAUAUAGCGGAUAAUUAAAUUAUGUAUUAUUGUAUUAAGUGUUAUCAAGAUAAUGUAAGACUGUUUUUUUUU